GAGCAUCCAUCAGGAUCCUAGAAGGCAAAGUGCGCCCUUGCCCCGCUUAGGAGCCUUUGAUAACAGCAGAAGGGGUGUUGCCUUCAUCAUCUGACAGGCAUGACAAGUCCCCCGCGCGCUCUCCCUCCUGCCCACAAAUGAAAAAGCUCCGCGCACCCCGGUGCAGGGGCGAAAAGCCCGUAGGAGCCACCGGCCGCCUGCAAAGAUGAUGCACUGGAAUGAGGAAGUGGAGUGGCGAGGGGAGGGACUGAGAGCGGAGCUGCCUCCUGUCGCUCUGCUUGGCCGUGGAGCCGCAGCACAUGGAAGCGGAGAGAGCUGGGCGAGUUCUUUGCAUCCAGCUCCGGCCAGAGCAGAUAAUUUAAGGAAAAUGGAAACAGAUGAGGCUCAAGAUAUGUCCCAAGUUUCUGGAAAAGAAAGUCCUCCAGUAAGCGAUGCUCCAGAUGAUGCUGAUGAGCCUAUGCCUGUACCAGAAGAUCUUUCCACUAGCACAGGAGGAUUGCCAAAUUCUAGAAAUGAAAGAGUUUUGGCCAGUAAUAUUAAAGUAGAGACACAGAGUGAUGAAGAGAAUGGGCAUGCCUGUGAAAUGAAUGGGGAAGAAUGUGCGGAGGAUUUACGAAUGCUUGAUGCCUCUGGAGACAAAAUGAAUGGCUCACACAGUGGCAGCAAAGCCAUGUCAGGAGUUGGAGGCAUUCGACUCCCUAACGGAAAGCUAAAGUGUGAUGUCUGUGGGAUAAUUUGCAUCGGUCCCAAUGUUCUUAUGGUUCACAAGAGAAGCCACACUGGCGAACGCCCCUUCCAGUGUAAUCAGUGUGGGGCAUCCUUUACUCAAAAGGGCAACCUUCUCCGCCACAUAAAGUUACACUCCGGCGAAAAGCCCUUCAAGUGCCACUUGUGUAACUAUGCUUGCCGUCGUAGAGAUGCUCUUACGGGCCAUCUGAGGACCCAUUCCGUUGGCAAACCUCAUAAAUGUGGAUAUUGUGGUCGGAGUUAUAAGCAGCGAAGCUCUUUGGAAGAACAUAAGGAGCGCUGCCACAACUAUUUACAAUCCAUGAAUCUUUCAGGUGGCCUCUAUCCGGUCAUGAAAGAGGAAACCAGCCAAAGUGAAAUGGCUGAAGACCUGUGUAAGAUGGGAUCAGAGCGCUCCCUUAUGCUGGACAGACUAGCAAGUAACGUCGCCAAACGUAAGAGUUCUCUGCCUCAGAAAUUUGUUGGUGAGAAGUGCAUAUCUGAUAUUCCCUAUGAUGCAACCACCAAUUAUGAAAAGGAGAAUGAUAUGAUGCAAACCCAUGUCAUUGACCAAGCUAUUAAUAAUGCCAUCAAUUAUCUAGGGGCAGAAUCUUUGCGCCCUUUGGUGCAGACACCCCCUGGUGGCUCAGAAGGAGUGUCUGUCAUCAGUCCAAUGUAUCAGCUUCACAAACCCCUUGGAGACAACCAUGCUCGAGCCAAUCAUGCAGCUCAGGACAGUGCAGUGGAAAACUUACUGCUACUUUCUAAAACCAAGUCCAUCUCUUCAGAAAGGGACCCUUCACCCAGCAACAGCGGCCAAGACUCCACUGAUACUGAGAGCAAUAAUGAAGAACGUAGUGGUUUAAUAUACCUAACCAACCACAUAGUGCCUCAUGCACGGAAUGGCCUCUCCAUAAAAGAAGAGCACAGGCAGUAUGAUGUCCUAAGAGGAAGUAAUGACAGCUCCCAAGAUGCUUUCAAAGUAAUCAAUGGCAAUGGGGAGCAGGUAAAAGUCUACAAAUGUGAACACUGUAGAAUUCUUUUUCUAGAUCAUGUAAUGUAUACCAUCCACAUGGGUUGUCAUGGGUUCCGUGAUCCUUUUGAGUGUAAUAUGUGUGGCUAUCACAGCCAGGAUAGGUAUGAGUUUUCUUCCCACAUAACUCGAGGGGAACACCGUUUCCACAUGAAUUAAAACUUUUGCUGUACUUAGUAUUUGGAUCUAAAUGAAGAGCAGCCAUAAAUAAAAAGAAAAAAUACAAUGACCAAAAUAGUAUUCAAUAAAAAUACAUAUCAGAAAUCUGGGCUGCCAGAAAUGAGGUUGUCUUGUAGCAUGCAUACAUAAGGCAAUUUUAUAUUGAUAAUAGUGGUUUUUUGUAAAUGUAGGUAACCAAAAAUGUUAGUGUAGUAAACAGAAACUUUUCGUUAAGUGAAAGAACUUUUUUCUUGCUAGCAAGUGCACUCCCAGCCCCAGUCCCUAUUGAAAGCUGUUAAUUGUGCACACUCAUCUCUGAAUUUGACUGAAAUGUAGAAAGGUAUAAUUAGCACGUUUUUAUGCAGAUGUUUUGAAAAUACACUUUUAACACAUAAAAUUUUUGUAAUAAUUUGAUGUGUUCCUUAUAUCAACAAUCUAGACUUAGAACAGGUUAAAACCACUCAUUUUUUUCCUACUCUUUGUCUCAGCGGAAACAAUUUUUUUCUAACUGAUAAGAUGUGAAUGCUCUGAUCCCAUGAUUUAGUUAAUGGAAGCAGAGUAUGGCCAGAAGAAUUUAAAGUUGUAUUGCUCUGAAAAAAGAGCAGCAAUGCUGUUAUGUUAAUUGUAGAUAUCAUUUUCAUGAGUUAUUCAAAGAAAAAUCUACUUGCACCAAUUAAUUUGUGAAAGAAUGAAGUGCUUUGCCCAAAUCCAGAUCCUUUAAGUAAAAAUAUCUUCAAGGACCAAUGAUUCAGUUUUAGUAGAACUACAAACUAAUCUUAAACAGAUUCAGUGUAAAUCAAUUCCAAAGUCUGACUGGUGAAAUAUUUUUAAAAAGCCUAUUGUAUAGUUUGAAACAAUUACAUAUAUGUUAUAUUUUGAUCUGUUCUUGCCUUAUAGCACUGCAGUAUUCUGUUUCUCAUGCAGCUGAGUUUAUAAAACAUGCUGGGGAAGGAAUAUUGAGAAGGGACAUAGUGAUGCUGUUCAACAAUGUUUUUUUCUUUCUUAAAAGCACAUGAUCAUCACCUGUGCAACUUUUAGGCAUAGAAGAAGGGAGGAUAUUUUAUUAGGGCUAUUGUGUGAAAUUUCAUGUUCACUGUUGAAUAUUGAUGCUGGUAGCUUUCAAUCUUAUUAGUUGCAGAUCAAUAUUGAUAAAUAACAUAUGACAAACUAUACAUAUUCAGCGUAGCCUGGUUUCAUUUAAUUCAGUUGCAUAAGGCUGUUCAUACAUAUCCAAACAUUUUAUGUAAAACAUGCCCAAUUAGGAUAACACCAUUUUUAUAGACGAUUUGGCAGAUUAUUGAUAAGUAGUUCAUCUUAUUGCUGAUUAUAAAACUGAUGAUAAAGUCUCCACCAAUACACUGUGGUUUUAAGGCUGCAUCUAUUAGAAAAUAGGGAAAGCUACAAUGUUGAGUUAUUUGAAGGAGAUGUUUUGAAAAAUUCAGCACAGGGGUAUCUUUGUACUCAUCCUUAAUUGGUUCCAGGAGGUGCGACAAGCAUUAAAAAGAUGAGGAUCAAAUUAUGUGACUUAUCAUGACUCUUUUGGCUGGGAAGGACUUCUUAACUGUUCCUUUUUCCCAUGUCAGUGUCCUUCCCAGCAUGGCUGACUUCCUGUCUGCCCUCUGUAGCUGUCUCCCACUUCCUUUUACAGCAUUUUUCCCAGCAUGGCUGACUUUAUGUUUGCUUGCUGCUACUAUACCCCACUUCCUUUUGUGGUGUGUUGAGCACCAGGCAAUGGUGAGUACCAGAACAACAUUUUCCCAUCAAACUGCGUCGAGUACCAAAUUCGAUGAGUUUUGAAGCAAUCCAAUACCGAAGCACCACGUUAAAGUUAAAUCCUACCAAGUUAAAUCCUAUCUGCAAACCCAUGUUUUGUUCACUUAAAGUGCAUUUUUGUUUUUGCAAGUUUUGUCUCUGUUCUUCAGCUUGAAGAAUUUUGUGUGCAUCAGUUUGGUAACAGUGAAAGAUUGUUCAUAGAUUAUAUAACUCAAGUUUAUCGUGGGUAUAUGUUGAAUACGGAGUCACAACCAUUUCAGAUUCACUUUGAUGCACUUUUUAUCAAACAUUUUAUCAAACAUUUGUCAUACUCUGCACAUUUUUAGUAAACAUUUUAAAGUAAUGAACUAUACAGCUAAAAUUAUUGCCCUUCUAAUUGGCCUCCUCUAUAUCUUUAGUUUUUAAUUUCAAAUUAAAUUUGUAAUUUCUAAGAGUGGUUUUUCACUGCCUUUAUUCUCAUUCAUCAUUUUUCAUAAGCACAAAUUUCCCACUACAUUGCAGACAUUGAUUUUUCCCAAAUGCAUAUAGACUGAUCUAUGUUUACAUUCCUUGGAAUUUGAGGCUUGGCUCCAUUUACUGAUCAAAAAAGUCAACUCAUAAGUAAACA